CCAUGAGCUCGCGCGAGCGAAGCGCGUCCCUCGACUGCGAUAACCUCGAGCACAUGAAGCGGUUCUCGUCACAAGAGUUGGAAGCCUUGUCACUGCCGCCGCCGACAGCCGACGGCGGAUUGCUCGAGGUCGACUUUCGCAUGACGGUCUUCCACAUUGGCGAGGUAAACACGCGAGAGCAGAACGCGAAGAUAAAGAUUGGCAUGAUAUUCUACUGGACGGACCCGAGAAUGGCUGGCUACACGUCUCCGAUUCUGCCCGGCACGCUGUGGGGCCCCGAGCUCUUCUUCGGUAACUGCGUCGGUGGCGUGCACUGCAAUUACGAGCAGUUCGUGGUCAGCGGUCCCGACGAGGGCCGCCUCAAGCGCAUCAUCAAUUACGAAUGCACCGUGCAGUGCAGCAUGGAUUUGCGGCGGUUCCCGUUCGACUGGCAGGUCCUGUGCCCGACGCUCGUCACGAUUUCGCAUUGGCGUCAACUCAAUCUCGCCCGCGGCGGCUCGAUUCCUCAUGGAAUGACGUAUAAAUUGGUGCCGCUGCGGCGUAAGGACGAGGGCGUUUUCAUGAUGCUUUUCUUUUCUGGCAAGAUAUCCGAGUGGCUACUGCAUAGCUAUCGCCCGAAGAUGAUCGUGGCUAAGAAUCCCGCCGGCUUCACAAUCACCAAGGUAAUGCUCAGUUUCAACAUCGCGCGCAAGAGCGAGUUUUACUUAGCAAAAACAACCGCUCCCCUCGCGGUCCUGACGACGGCUGGUCAUUUCGUUCAUUUCCUACCGACAACGGAACUUGCCGAUAGACUCAACGGCGCGUUCACCAUGUUCCUUGCCGCGUUCGCGCUGCUCUAUGUCGUGGGCGACCACGUCCCGCGCGUGGAUUUUCUUACCACUAUUGAUAGAAUGAUCUUCAUCACGCUGUUUUUGCUCCUCUGGCUGGGCAUCGAGUCCGCGGCGGUUUAUUACGGCGAGGAGCGAUACGACCUUUCGUUGAAGGUCGUCCGCCAGAUAGACACGGUCGCUGGACUUACGACCUUCAUCGGCUACCUGCUACUAUUGGUCUUCAUAAUCAUACCGGCGCGGUGGCGGCAAAAAGACGCCAUGCGCGCGAUCGAAGCCGAAAUCGCGAAUUCAGAUGAAGGGGCUCUAGCAGGUGAGGUGCUCUCGCCCGUCGAGCCGCGGACGCCGUCCCGGAAGGUAGGCGCAACAAAAGUGAUCAACGUCAAGAGUAAAAAUGAUAAGUAG